CUGGCAGAUUACGACUCCAUAAUCGCCUUUGUGGACCGAUGUCGUCGAGAUCUACCGCGAAUUGAUUACGCGAUCUUGAACGCCGGGGUGCAGCGGAGCAUAUUUGAGCGGAAUGAGAAGACCGGCCACGAGUCGGUCUUUCAGACAAACUACCUUUCUACGGCUUUGAUGACACUUCUCCUCGCAUCGCUUAUGAAAGAGAAGAAGCGGCAGCAGCAACCCUCUGUCCUGACUGUCGUCGGCUCCGACACGAUGUACUUCAGCAAGCUGCGCUUACCCACAACCGGUUCUCUAUUCCACCUAAUGGACCGCCCCGACACAUUUGACCGGUUUCAACAAUACAUGAAUACAAAACUCCUUCUGAUGAUGUUCGUCGUUGAACUCGCAGCUCGCGUCAAUCCAGCCGAUGUAAUCAUCAAUGUCUGCAACCCAGGCCUGACGUACGGAACAAACCUGGGUCGCGAGGCGAAUAGGGUUGCGCGGGUCAUCAUGCGCCCAGUGGUAAGGGCCCUCGGGCGGCCAUUGCAUGUGGGUGCGAGUGUGUAUGUCCAUGCGCUGGUGAUGGAGGGCAUCGCAAGCCAUGGAGGGCAUCGCAAGCCAUGGAAGGUUUGUUAGCGAUUGGGCUCUAAAACCGUACGUAGCCAUUUUCUUUUAUUCGAGGGGUGACUUCCUGCGAAGACUGACCGACUGUCCAGGUACGCUGC